AUGGAAGAAGACGAGGACACUGUUAUGGGGGAGUCCCGCAAGCUCCCUCCUCUUCCCUCCUCCUCCCUCACCCAACCCCCCCCCCCAGCACAUGCCCACCACAAAGGCGAUCCGACCCUAGCACCCUCCUUUCUUCCCUCUGCGCACAAGUCCCAAUCCCCGGGCUCAGAGCCAUUCCCACCCCGGGACUCCACCCUCUUGACGGGCAUGGCACCGCCAGACCGUGUCAAGAUGAGCGACUCUGAGAGUAACUCUAUCGACAACCUGGUCAAGCGGGAUAGCCUCGUCGAAAUUAACUCGGACUGGUCGGAUGAGGAAGUCAUGGGUAGGGCCGGUCUACCCGUGGGAUCGCUCGCGACGGGUCUUUGCUACGAUGUACGCAUGCGUUAUCACUGUGAAGUCCGUCCUACCUCGGAUGUGCACCCGGAAGACCCCCGGCGAAUCUACUACAUCUACAAAGAGCUGUGUCGUGCUGGCUUGGUGGAUGAUGCAGAGUCCACACGGCCACUGGCGCCGCAGACGCUGAAGCGGAUCGACGCCCGGAACGCCACUGAGGAGGAAAUCACCCUGAUUCACUCAGAGGCCCACUUUGCGUUUGUCAAGAGCACUCAAGACAUGACCGAUGAUGACUUGGUCUAUUUGGAGAGAACUCGGGACUCCAUUUACUUCAACCGGCUGACCUUCGCCUCAUCGCUCUUGUCAACGGGAGGUGCUAUCGAGACUUGCUUGGCUGUUGCUCGGCGGCAGGUCAAGAACGCCAUCGCGGUCAUUCGUCCGCCUGGCCACCACGCAGAACAUGACACAGCCAUGGGUUUCUGUCUAUUCAACAACGUGCCUGUGGCCGCAAGAGUCUGCCAAAACCAGCUGGGCGAUCAGUGCCGUAAGAUUCUGAUUCUGGACUGGGAUGUUCAUCAUGGAAACGGGGUUCAAAAGGCCUUCUACAAUGACCCGAAUGUUCUCUACAUCUCGAUUCACGUUCACCAGAACGGCAAGUUUUAUCCUGGUGGCGAUGAAGGCGACUGGGAUCACUGCGGCGCGGGAGCCGGACUUGGAAAGAAUGUCAAUAUCCCUUGGCCUGACCAGGGUAUGGGUGAUGGUGACUAUAUGCACGCUUUCCAGAAAGUGGUGAUGCCCAUUGCCUUGGAAUUUGACCCAGAUCUGGUUAUCAUUUCUGCUGGAUUUGAUGCAGCUGCUGGCGAUGUGUUGGGUGGUUGUUUCGUGUCCCCUGCGUGCUAUGCUCAAAUGACCCACAUGCUCAUGACUCUCGCCAACGGCAAGGUUGCUGUCUGCCUUGAGGGUGGAUACAACUUCCGCUCGAUCUCCAAGUCUGCGCUGGCCGUGACCAAGACCCUUAUGGGGGAACCGCCAGACCGUUUGCUCAAGACAGCACCAACCAGAGAUGCAACUGAGACUGUGGGUCGGGUAAUGAACAUGCAGGCGCAGUAUUGGCGUUGCAUGUACCCAAAGCCGCCUCAGCACCCGGUCUGGGCGGACCGGCUGCACGAUGUCCUUCGCGAGUACCAAGCUCGUCAGCUGUACGAUAGCUUCAAACUCACGCCGCUGUACAUCUAUCGCACGAAGAUAUCCAAGUCAUUUGAGAACCAGGUUCUGGCAAGCGCUAAUUACCACGAGCGUGUCCCGCUCGUCGUCAUUUUCCAUGACCCACCGGAGCUUAUGGGCCAUCCUGACCCUGUGACCAACAGAUUAGAAGCUCACAACUGUUGGUUGGCUGAUGUCCAAAAGGAGUACGUUGCAUGGAUCGUGAGCAAAGGUUACGCCGUGAUCGACGUCAACAUCCCGAAACAUAUCACUCACGCACUGGUUUGCACCUUCCCGACACCCAUCGAGAACUUCUCUGGACCCAGGCUUACCGCUCGAGACAUCCAGGCCACCGGAAGAUACGAAGAUGAGGAUGAAAACCGUCCGACAGCAACCGAGGAGCUAGCUAAUUAUCUGUGGGACAACUAUAUCGACUUCCACGAAAAGAGGGAGAUAUUCUUCCUUGGCAUAGGCAGCGCUUUUGCUGGCGUUGUCAAUCUCUUGAUAAACAGAGAGAACCUGUACAAGCGUGUCAACGGCAUCGUUUCAUUUGUGGCAGAGAACCCUGUCCGCGCUGUCGCGUCUUCCACACAGGUGUGGCUGUCUAAAUGGUACCGGGAUAACUCGCUUGUCUUUGUCUCCGAAUCCCACGGGCUUUGGAAUAACCAGGACCGCAAACCGUCCAAGCGCUAUGGCAAGUUGUACAAGUCCAACAAGACCUCACUCAACGAGAUGAUGGCGGAGCACCAACCUCAAGUCUUCGAGUGGCUCGCCGAGCGGGCCGACGAAGCCGUCGAGGAGACGGAAGACGAGGCGAACCAGGACUCGCCGAUGAAAGAGUGA